ACACCUGCAGCAGUAACGCGCCUACGCGCUUUGACUGAAGGUCCAGAGCCCAAGAUGGUCCGUGUCGGGAUUCGCCACAAGGGAUGUUCAGGAAAGCAAUAUAACCUCGAGUAUACGGAUAAGAAAGAGAAGUUCGACGAGGAGGUCAAACAAGAUGGUGUUACGGUGUUGGUAGACAACAAGGCGCUACUAUCCGUACUCGGCUCAGAGAUGGAUUGGGUCCAAGACAAGUUAUCGGCGCAGUUCGUCUUCAACAACCCAAACGUCAAAGAGUCCUGUGGAUGCGGUCAAAGUUUUAUGACAUAA